AUGACGAGUGUACGACAUCGAAGAGAUGUUAGUAGUCAAGAUGAAGUAGAAUCUAUUGCUUCAAGUAAUAUUUUAAUUUCACCUGCCAGAUCGAUAAGAAGGCAUACUUCGACAUAUAUAGAGGCAUAUCCAGAGUCGGAGAAUACAAGGUUUAUUUCGUUUAAUUACCCUAAGAGAGUAUUUAGAUGGAUAUACUCGUUUUCAUUAGUACUUUUAAUGUUGCUUACGCUUGCGUUUGUCGCAGUUACACCGAUUGAUGUUAUUGUGCAGACUUCUGAAUCUUCAUAUUCUGGUAUCAAGAUGUUCAUUGUGAUUAUUGUUUGUGUGGUGUUUUUGGUAGUUGCAUUAAUCAUAUAUUUCCUGAGAAUUUUCCAAAAUAGAGUUUCAUUGAAUGAUAUACCAUCAAAGUCAGUAUAUAUUCCAUUUGAAGGCGACAUGCUGGCUUCAUGUGUCAAGGCGAUUGAUGCCAAACUAAAAGAGUGUGUGAGUGAAAUAAAAGUCAAAGCUGGUCCUUUGUAUAAUGAAAAGAUAAUUAUUAAUCAUCCAGGAAUGUCUCCCCCAGAGUACGUUCAAAGGCGAAAUAUUAGUGGGACUGGAGAGGGCUCAUUACUACCGCCAAAUGCUUGUUAUGAAGAUGUAAUACGAAGUUUAGGCGUCAGGUUCAAACUUGACGGUAGGGUUUUAACUCAAGUUGAUCUUCCAAUGCAUCUUUCGUUACGAGAAAUCAUCCUUUUUUUAUCAGAGAAGUAUUUAAAUGAUCCAAAUACAGAUAAGAAGCAAGUACCUAAUUUAAAGCUCUUGAUUGAAUCAUACGAAAAAUUUAAGUUUGGACCUGAUUUAAUUGACGAAGGCGAGCUUUUAAAUUUCAUAAUUGAAUUUGAUAAACUUGGACAGUUUUUUCAAAAUAACGUGGCGGCAAAUUUUAGUAAACCAACUAAAAGAACCCCUGGAACAAGAUCUUACUACAGUGAUACGGACAUGUUGGAGCAAUCGCUUUUCGGGGCAGAAGCGUCUAGUAGGUCUGCUUUUCAUUAUUAUUAUAGCGAUAGAGAAGACAAUUACGAAGAAAAUGCUGGAGCAGAUAAUAAAUUAACUACACAUAAAGCACCGAAAGAUAAGUAUUUCAAAAAUUUAGAAAGCUCUGAUCAAUUGAACCCUCUAAAUAGGAACUUAUCUUCAACAUCUUUUGGUUCUUGGUCUUCGCCUUCCUUGAAACAACCCAGGAGACGACAAUUCAGCACUAGUAGCAAUGGCAGCUCAAAGUCAGUUAUUAAAAAUAGACUAGCAAUACCAAAUAGUACCGGUAGCGACCAUUUCAAUGAGAUGAAAUACACUGGCGAUGCAGAAUCCAAUAAUAGAAGGUACAGUGGAUAUAUAAGUGAUUCAGAAAAUGAGCUAAACUACCAGUAG